AUGAGACUGUUUCUUUUAUUUGCUUUGAAUGUUCUCAUGGCAUAUGGGUUUACUUACAAAACAGAUAGGGAAGCGUUGCUUGAGUUCAAGUCAAAAGUUUCAGACGGCAAAAGAGUUGUCUUGUCCUCAUGGAAUACCUCAUUCCCUCUCUGCAAUUGGGUUGGUGUUACAUGCGGUGGCAAGCACAAGAGAGUUACUGGUUUGGAUCUUGAAGGAUCAAAACUUGACGGGGUGAUAUCGCCAUCUAUUGGUAACCUUUCGUUCCUCAUCUCACUCAAUCUCAUGGAUAACUCUUUUAGUGGCACCAACCCUCAAGAAGUGGGAAACCUGUUUAGGCUUAAACAAUUGAAUAUGAGCUUUAAUCUUCUCCAAGGAGGAAUCCCACUCGGUCUUUUUAACUGCUCUAGAUUGUUAACUCUUGAUUUAUCUUCAAAUCAUCUUGGACAAGACGUUCCGUUAGAACUAGGGUACUCUUUGACGAAGCUUGUUGUUUUAGAACUUGGUGAAAACAACUUUAGAGGAAAGCUCCCUGCAUCUAUGGGAAACUUGACGUCCCUUAGAAACAUUGGCUUUGGAGAUAACAAUAUAGAUGGACCUAUUCCAGAUGAGAUAGCUAUUAACUCAAGUGAAGACUCUUUCAUUAUCAAAAAACAACUUGUCGGCUUAAGACCUGACAUUGGUGAUCUCUUUCCAAACCUUCGAGGGAUAUACAUGGGACGCAAUGAUUUCACAGGAGCCAUUCCAUCAUCUUUCUCCAAUAUCUCAACUCUUCAAGAGUUGACUAUUGAGUGUAACAAUAUGACAGGAAGUGUUCCUUUAGGCUUUGGGAGAUUACGGAAUUUUCAAUAUCUUGCACUUCACGGUAACUCUUUGGGAAGUCACUCUUCUAAAGAUCUUGAGUUUCUUGGUGGUUUGACUAACUGCACCAAACUACAGUACAUGGAUGUUGGUGAGAAUAGACUCGAAGGUGACUUGCCCACCGCUAUUGCAAAUCUAUCCAAGAACCUCAUGUAUCUAAGCCUUGCCUCAAAUCUCAUCUCUGGAAGGAUCCCUAAUGAUAUGGGGAAUCUCAUAAGCCUACAAACACUUCGGUUGGACCAAAACUUGUUGACAGGACCACUCCCAACAUUUUUUGGUAAGCUCAAAGGAAUGGAGAUACUGAGUGUGUUUUCAAAUAAAAUGUCAGGAGAGAUACCUUCUUCUAUAGGAAACAUGACCCGUUUGGGAAAGCUCUAUUUGUACAACAACAGUUUUGAAGGAAUCGUUCCACCGAGUCUUGAUAACUGUAACAAGCUGCUGUAUCUUCACAUCGGAUCUAACAAGUUGAAUGGGACUAUACCGGAGGAGAUUAUGCAGAUUCCAGCCCUUUUUUUCUUGAGCAUGUCACAUAAUUCCUUGACGGGUACUCUACCUAAAGAUAUUGGACGACUUGGAAAUCUUGUUACAGCAUCUUUCGCGUUUAAUAAGUUAUCAGGCCAACUUCCACAAUCCUUAGGGGAUUGUCUCUCGAUGGAAGAACUUUCUCUUCAAGGAAACUAUUUUGAUGGAGCCAUUCCGGAUUUAAGAAGGUUGAUGGGUGUUUUAAGAGUUGACCUGUCCAACAAUCAUCUCUCUGGAAGUAUACCUAUGUAUCUUGCCAACUUUUCCAAGUUGCAAUAUCUCAACCUAUCCAUUAACAAUCUUGAAGGAAGUUUGCCAACGGAAGGAAUAUUUAAGAAUGCAACAAUAGUUUCAGUAUUCGGAAACAAGAAUCUGUGUGGAGGCGUCAAAGAACUGAAACUAAAGCCAUGCAUCGUACAAGCAUCGACAAAGCAUGCUUCUCGUUUUAAGAAAGUUGUGAUCGGAGUUAUCAUUGGCAUAGCUGUCCUUCUGAUGUUAAUAUUGGACAUCGCCGACACAUCGAUUCUUCCAAGCAAUGGUGAAACUGGCUUUGAUGUUGAUGAGUGCUUGAAACUGGUUUUGGAGAUGGGACUUAGGUGUUGUGAAGAAUCUCCGACGAAUAGGUUGAAGAUGAGUGAAGUCGUAAGUGAAUUACUAUUAAUCAAAGAGAGGUUCUUCAAGUAA